CCACGACUCUGCAGCAGCCUGACAGACUGAGCUGAGACUUCCUGUUUGACACGGAUCAGUCAUGGACGUCUCCGACCCGCAGACGCUCGGCUUCAUGGUCUUUGGGGGCUUCAUGUUCAUCUCGGCGGUGGGCAUCGCCCUCGUCUCCACGCUGUCCAUGAAGGAGACGUCGUACGAGGAGGCGCUGGCCAAACAGCGCCGCUCGCUGGUCCAAACGCAGACGCAGAGAGCAGAGAAGAAGAAGAAGGACAAGACGCAGGACAAGAAGAACAAAGCCAAGAGGAAGGAGGAGCGGCUGGACGGGAGGCCCUCGGAACCCGCCAGUGACAGCGGCGAGGAGGCGGUGGCCUCCACCGAGCCAGAAUCUGAACCAGAACCUACUGCAGAGCCUGUCGCCGCCCCUGAACCCAAACCAACACCUGAACCGGAACCUGAACCAGAACCAGAACCCGCCGUGGUCCCCGCCACCGCCACCAUCGAGUCUCCCCCCGCCGCCUCACUGAAGGAGAAGAAGAAGAAGAAGUCCGCCAAGGUGGAGCCGCCUGCUGCGGUGGAAAUCGUUGCUAAGGAAGUUGUGGUGAUGGCGAUGGCGCCGGUGGUAGAAGUUCGUCCGGUGAAGGUCGUUACUGAUGUCAAAGAGCCGCCAGCGGCGAAAACUGAAGAACCCAAAGAGACGGCGAACAAGAAGAAGAAGUCCAAGAACAAACCUGAGCCAGUGACCGAGUCCCCCAACUCCUCCCCGCCGCCGCCGUACGGCGAGCUGCUGUCCGCCGUGUCCAACGCGACGCUCAGCGACGACGAGAUGCACAAACUCAUGGAGGUCCUGAACCUGAAGGCUGGCGCCCGCCACGACUCCUGGCAGCUGGCCUGUCAGAAAGGAGACGCUCUGUCCUCUCUGAAGAAACAGCUGGAGGAGAAAGAGAAGCAGCUGACCACCGAGCAGGAGGACGCCGCCGCCGCCAAGAACCGCCUCCGAGAGCUCAGCAAGGAACUCGGCGCAGAGAAAUCCAAGAUGGCGUCUUUGGACGCCCGUCUGAAGGCGGAGCUUAGCUCUCGGGUUCAGGAGAUCGACGCCAUGCGGGCCAGAAUGGAGACUGCUAACCAGGAACACCUGAAACUUACCCAGCAACUCAACCACAAGAUCGGGAGUCUGCAGGAACAACUGGAGAACGGUCCCAACGCUCAGCUGGCCCGACUGCAGCAGGAGAACGCCAUCCUCCGAGACGCCCUGAACCAGGCCACCAGCCAGGCCGAGAGCAGGCAGAACGCGGAGCUGGCUCGUCUCCGGCAGGACUGUGUCCGUCUGGGUCGGGAGCUGACCGAGCGGACCGACGCUCUGCGGGCCGCCGAGGAGCGCAGGAAGAGCCUGGAGGCCAAGAUGGCUGCCGCCGAGCAAGAACUGGCCCAAGCUCAGGUGCUGCGUGCGGACGCUGAGCGCGCUCUGCAGCAGCGACUGGAGGACGUCGGUCAGGAGCUGCAGGCGUCGCAGCAGGAAGCUGCUGCUGCCAGCGAUCUGAAGGGGGCGCUGGCGUCCAGAGAGGCUGAACUGCAGGAGCUAAAGGUGCAGCUGGAGAGCCAGGCUGCAGUCCAGGUGGAACGUUCGACUGAAGUGGAGCAGCUGAAGAACUGCGUGCAGCGCAGAGACGAGCAGGUGGGCGGGCUGGAGGCGGAGCUCGCUCAGCUGAGGGCGGAGCUACAGCUGGUGACGUCAUCACAGCCUCAGAGGUCAGGAAGAGCGACGGACGGCGAGGCAGCAGCCGCCGAUCAGACGCAGAAAGAUGGUUCAGGAAGUGAGACGGAGUCUGAGCAGCCGUUUGAAAGUCUGGAGGAGGACUCUCAGCUGCUGCGUCUGGAGGAGGAGCUUCAGCAGCUCAGGGAGGAGCUGCAGCAGGCUCGUAACCACGGCAACGAGCUGCAGGACAAAGUGGCGGCGAUGUCGACCGCAGAGCAUGAGAGCGAGCAGCGAGAGGCGGAGCUUAAAGCAGCGAUGACUGAAGCAGAGACCAGGUUUGCAUCCCUGAGCUUGGACUUCCAGGCGUCGCUGCAGGUUCUGUUUCCGGGCGUCUCUGUGGAGGCGGAGCAGAGCGACUGGCUGCAACGAUUCACGCAGAGAGUCCAGGAGAGUCAACGUGAAGCAGAGAGCGCGCACACCGAGCUGCAGUCGAGGCUGACGGACGCCGACAGGAAACAGACUGAACUGCAGACAAAGUUUGACGAGAACUCGAAGCUGCUGCAGGAAACGGAGGCGGAGCUUCAGGCUCUGCAGCGGCGUUCUGAAGAAGAAGAAACUGUGUGGAAGAACAAACUGAGUGAAGCCGAACAGCAGAAACAAACGGUCCUGGAUCAGCUGAAGCUGCUGGAGGACAAAGUCCAGUCCCAGAGGACAGAGCCAGAAGACACUCAGCAGCUGAAGGAGCAGCUGAUGCUGCUGGAGGCUCAGCUGGAGAGACAGCUGGAGGAGGCCGCCGCCACCCAGAGCUGCAGCCAGGAGCUCGCACAGGCUCGGCAGGAAGUGGCGGAGCUGCGGCGGCAGCUGGAGGCUGCUGGGAGGUCGGCGGCUCGGCCCGAGGUCGCUGACUCCGUCACGGCCGAGGGGGAGGUGAAGGAGGAGGUGCAGGAGGAGGCGGUCCAGGUGAAGGAGGAGACGUCGGUGUGAAACGGGCUUUGUCUCUUUCAUGUCUUG